GACAAAUCUGUCACAUCACAUUUCAAAAUGAAAAGUCCCAUACCUGUCAAAAUUUCCAGAUAUUGUCACUACAAUGACAAAAACGGCGCCUAUUUUCGAUUUGGUCUGAUAGCUUUAGGAUUUCAUGAAAAGAGCUCUGAAGAAAAAGUUAUCUGUUACAAAUAAACUACUCAGGUAAAACUUGUAGCAAAUUUUGAUUCAAGGCUAAUCAAUGUCUUUCUAGAAGAGUAUUGUCAAGAUCAUCAAUCGAGUCACAUGACUCUGUUUCUCCACACCUCCAAGAGAUCAGAAUGACCGAGGAGGAGGAUGCGUUGAGGAACGAGCUGGAAGCUUUGAAAGACCAGAUAUCGAAUUUGAAAGCUGCAAUUCUGGCUUUACAAAAAGAAACUGAUCACAAAGAUUUAUCGAUAGUGAACUUAGCGAGGGAAAAAGAAAAAAUUACAUUAGAAUUAUUGAAAACGAAACGAUCUCAUGCUAAUCUGGCUCAACAGUUGGAAGAUGAAAGGACAUUUUACUUUAAAGAGAAAGAAACGUAUUGUCAAGAAAUGAACGAGUGUAAGAGACUGAAAAAACUCAUGAGCAGUUCGACAAUUAGCUCUGAGUCAAAAACGGCCGAGGAUUACAAGAGAGAGAUUCUGAAGAUUAAGCAAUCGCUUGAUGAUACUUUGGAAGCUAACUAUAAUCUUAGUAUAAAAUUUUUGCGCAUGAAAAACACUAAAACGUGCGUGAAAACGGAGUUGAAGGCAAUGCAGUUGAAACACGACAAAUUACAAAAUGAUUACAAAGCCCGGAUUGAAGGUUUAACUGCUGAAUUGAAUACUAUAGUCGACGAAAAAUUAAAUUCCACAAUUUCACCCAGCAGCAAAAAAUAUAUGCAGUUACUUAAGCAAAACAGCUGUUUGGUAUACGAAAAUCUAUGUUUGCAACUAGAAGUAGAUAAUUUGAAUCUUAAAUUGGACCAUAUGAAACUAGAGAAGACAAGGAGUGAGACUAAUAGUCGGUUAAGUUAUAUACAUCACGAUAAAGUCGACGAACAUAAGCAUUCGUGUAAUAUACCGAAAGACAGAAAAAAGGGAAUAAUGAACGAGGAACCACCAGUAAAGUUGGAGAAGCAAAACCAUGAGCCUCAACCUAGUUGUAGUCAUCACAACGUUCCCAAGACAGAAGGACCUCUUAUAAAAAUCUUCGAGCGCAAACAAAAGCCUGAAUUACCGGCAAUCAAAAUAAUAGAUGAGAAAAAUGUGAAAAAGAAAAAACGAGUGAAGAGGAAACAAGAGGAAAAAGCGUCGAAUAUGGAUAGCCUAGCAUAUUCGACAUGCGAGAUACCAGACGUAAAGAUCAACAUUGAUGAUAACAGUAGGAAUAAAAUAAAAAGUAACGGAGAUUCAACAAAACUAGCAUUGUUCCAAGUAUCUGGCUUGCCAUCGGUUGUUUCUAGUGUCUCUUUAGAGCCAAAGAUGUCAAGAAGUCGCUCGUUACCAGAGUUAAAAACAAGCCUUUCACGUCAAAAAUUAUAGUGUAUGAUAACUACAUUAAUUUAUUUUUAUAACUUAAGAUUCAAUAAAGAGGUUCCAAGCAGAAAAUACAAA